AUGUUAUUAGCUCUCAUUACCGUGCUCUCAGCACUUUUCAUAUUCUAUCAUACUUAUUGGAAACGAAGGAAUCUACCGCCUGGUCCAGUUCCUCUACCGUUCGUCGGCAACCUUCUCGCCCUUUAUUUCUACGAACCCGGCUAUGAAGCCUUCCGCCUAUGGAAAGAAAAAUAUGGCCGAUGUUUUACUUUUUGGAUGGCCGAUCGACCUGCUAUAGUGAUAGCAGACUAUGAACUGAUGAAGGAAACCUUGGUCAAAGAUGGUGCUGCCUAUACAGGGCGUCAGGAUGUACCACUUUCGAAGAUGGUGCGAGGAGGAGAUUACGGAGUGGUUGAAACAAGUGGUGAGUUAUGGCAACAGCAACGUCGGUUUGCCUUACAUGUGUUCAGGGAUUUUGGCAUGGGAAAGGAUGUCAUGCAGGAGCGGGUUCUCGACGAGGUGAAGGAUUUCUUGAGAAAGUGUCAGCAGAAUCCGGGUGAACCACUCGAUCUCAGGGAUUACAUCGACAGUGCUGUAGGAUCUAUCAUAAACAGUCUACUCUUUGGAUUCAGAUUUGAUGAAAGCAACAUGGAGCUCUUCUACCGUCAGAAAGCUGUGCUCGUUCGCAUUAUGGAAAUAAGUGCUCGUCCGUCAUUUAUAUUAUUUAUGCUAUUUCCCGGUUUGAAAGUACUUCCAUAUUACAAGGCAUUCAGUAAAGAAGUCAGUGAAAAUGGCAAUAUCAUGUUUGAUAUGUUCGACACACAAAUCGAAAUCCAUAAGAAAGAAAUUGAUUUUGAUAGCGUGGAAAGCACUGACUACGUCGAAGCUUAUCUGAAAGAACAGAAGCGUCACGAAAAUGAGCCCAAUUAUGGAGGAUUCAGCUGCGUAAUAUGUGUUUCGAUUUAUGGCUGGCUGGAAUGGAAACGACUUCGAACACACUCUUACUGGGGAGUACUGUAUGUGGUAUUGCAUGAUGAAGUGCAGAAGUCCAUACAUCAAGAAAUGGAUACUGUAAUUGGUUCUGGAGGACGUUUAAUCACGAAUGCUGAUCGCGCCAAUCUCCACUAUAUGAAUGCAGUAAUCAAUGAAAUUCCAACGGCUAGCUAA